AUGUCGUUCAAUCAAAUGAGACCUCGAACAUCACAGUUGGUGGAGCUCCAUGUUUUUUAUGUCCCAGAAGAAGUGUGGAACUUCAAGCUGAAUACAAUUCCUGUCGCUCUUACUAGCAAGUUUAUCUCGGCUGGAUUUAUAAGGGUGUCUCCUCACAUCACAUUAAGAGUGCUACGUGAGAAGCUUGGAGAAUACCUGGGUGGAGCUGCAGUUGCAGAUAAAUUCAAAUUUUUAAAAUGCAUUGGGAAAAAACUAGCAGUGGUGAAGGCAAAGCAAGAAGCAGAACUGGAACUGGAGUCAUUUGCUCCUCCUUAUGCACUUUAUCCUGAAUUAUAUUUGUUACCUGGAGUGGAAUACUUUGAAGAUGUUUAUCCAUUAUCAUCAUCAACUCAACAAAGACAUCACUUUAAUGCAGAAGCUAAUAGGUUUGAUCAUGGAUCAAGAUUAUCCAGUCUUCCCCCAAAAAAUCCUGAAAAGAGCAACCAAUUUUUAGAAAGCAUACAAAGCAGUGAUAAGCUAGAAAAUCAGGAAGUGCACAGUCCCAUGGAAUGGGGUGAGAAAGAACCUGUUCCAGUUUUGCCUGCAAAACAUAAGCAAGACUAUAGCAACAGGAUUCAGGAAAAACAGAUACAGUUUAGAGAAAAAGAUGAAAAUGGAUCCAAUGGAUCUCUCUUCAGAUCAAGUCAUUCAAAUCCUGCAGAUUGGGAGUCUGGAAAGCGUGAUACGGUAUUACAGACCCCUGAGCAAAAUCAUCUCAGCCAGGAUCAAAAAGAGCAUAGCACUCCUAAGUGGAAUGACAGAGCCAAAGAAACUGCUUUUACUCUGCCUGUAGACCACAGUAAUGAACAAGGCCAAGAACUAACAAACAUGGAAAAUAAUGACCACCAAAAAGAUACCGAACUAAGGAGAGACAGAACACGGGAUGCUGAAAUUCUUAAAAUAAUGGAAGACCAAACCACAGAAUAUGUACACAAAACCCAAAGCUUGCAGCAAUACAGAACUAGCAAGUCUGUAGCUGUUCCUGGUGAAAAAAUGGAUAAUCAGGCAGAUAAAAGCAAGAAAAAUCAUACUUGUCAAAAAGAAUAUAUUUCACCUCCUAGUCCACCUUUUCUGGCACUUUCUGUAAAUCCAGCUCAAGUUCCUGCAAUUCAGGGAGCAAAAAGCAAGAUGGUAGAACAAUUGCAACAAAUGAAGAAAGAUAGAAGGCAUAUGGAGAAAACUAGAGAAGAACUGGUCAAAAAAGCUAAGGGGCUGCUGGAACAAAAUAAGCUGAGAAGAUACCACGCUCGUGAGGAAUGGAAAAAGAAGUACUUUGAAACUAAGAAAGCUACAGUUUCACUGGAGGACGCUUUGAACAAACUGCGACAAGAUUUAGAGCUUUACCACCAGAAAUUACUCUUGCAAUUGGAAGCCAGAGAUAGCCGAAAACGACCAAACAAUAUGACAAACUCCAAGAAUUACACAAUCAUCCGGAUUACUACAGUGCAGCAUGAACUUGAUCAACUGAGGCGGAAGCUGGAUGAUACAAAAAUGAAACUCGUAAUAGAAAUUAAGAUGAGAAAGCAGGCAGCAUCUGAUUUACGAGCCUUGAGAGCGGAACUGAUACAGAAGAAGAUUCAUUCAGCUUUAAUUCUCCAGUCCAGAAAAUCAGAAAUUUAA